UAUCUUGUUACUGUGCGCCAUCUGUUCGACAAAUUGUCUGAACCAGUUCCUUCAAGAGAAGAAAAUAAAAACGAUACUUUUGUUUUCUGAAACUCUUAACUCAUCAAUUUUUUUCUGGAAUUGGUUUGCUUUUAGGGUUUCACUCGAACAACUCUGUGAUUUUGAUUUCUAAUGGCUUCUGCUGCUAAUGGGAACAGCAAUAAGAAAAGAGGUGGUGGUGGUGGGGGGUUAACGUCCCUUGCCCCUCGCGAGAUCAGCGUCCAGAAAUUCUCGGAGGCUAGAGCAGCAGAGCUCGAAUCUCUUCACUCCAUAGUGUCUGAGCGUUUGAACAAGGACUUCCGGUCAAAGAGGAACCAGAGGAGAAGGACCAAUGCUUAUACCAACCAACCUUCAAAGAAACGUAACAUAAAGAGGCAAAGAUCAUUAUUAUGUAUUGGUCAAGCCUCAUCAUCUAAUGAAACAAAGAUCCCAAGACGUGUCAAGAGGAGAAUGGAACUUAAAGGGAACCCUGAAUCGGGUUUUAGUACCACUGGUGAUGGAACAAAGAGGCUGAGAACACAUGUUUGGCAUGCUAAACGCUUCUCUAUGACUAAGCUUUGGGGCUUUCACCUUCCUCUUGGUUUACAUGGCAGAGGAAGAGGAUCUAGGGAUAUCUUGAACAAGUCUAGGCAAGGUGUUCUUGUGCAUGAUGCAAGCUAUCACAUUGCUGUGCAGUUGGAAGGUCCACAGGGCUCACUCUUGUCGAUAUUAAACAUGCUACUGGAGCCUUCUCCAUCAUCUCAUUCCACGGAAGUCUUGGACUCUAUCCUCACAGGCCUUAGUUAUGGAAACGCCAUGCUUUAUCAUGUUGAACCACCAGUUUCUCAGGUGAUUGCUCCUGUAACUUAUAUGUGGAGACCUUCUCAGCUACCUAAGAGAAUAGAUGAGGAGAAAGUAGGUGACUGUGUAGGAAAUGAUGGCCCAGUCUCAAAUGGAGAUCAUGUAGACUUGCGAAAACUUUGGGUGUGGAUUCAUGCUUCUUCCUUCAGUGAGGGAUAUGCUUCUCUUAAACUAGCUUGUCAAAAACAGAUAUAUGAGACAGGUGUUUUAGUUGAUUGCUUGUCACUCGAGGGCCAGCUUGCAAAACUUGAGAUUUUUGGUACAAAAGCAUCUCAGCUUCUGCAAAAGACCCUAAAUCCUGUUACAAGGAGUUCAGAAAAUCCUUCCUCUGUUUUAAGAAGAUGUUCGAUGGAAAAAUCUGAAGUUAAGAACGUUGUUGAUCCUUACAAAGAGGAGAGCAUCUCAUCUUGCGCUAUUUUACCACGGUUUGUCAUGGAUCCGCGGCUAAUCCCGAAUAAUUCUUGUGAUGAUAGUACAAUGUCAGUUGAAAUGACCAAAACAGAGCCUACUGAGUUACUUGAGAUGACAAGCAGCACAGAGGCUGAAACAUUCAAGUGCUUAUUUGAUGCAAAUAGUGAACUGUGGCCUCCAGAAGAAGAGAACAUAUUGUGUUGGGAAAAGCAUCAAAGUCGUAUGAAGUCUUUUUGUAUCGAUGACCCAGCUGAUGAGUUUCCUAAGAUAUCUAGCAGGCCAAUGAAUUUCAGAUCUUGUCCUUUACUGCUUCUUAAACAUAGAAAGCUUGGGGAUACAGCUACCGGAUGGUCUCUCAUACUUCCCCUAAGUUGGGUCAAAGUUUUCUGGAAUACCUUUGUCUCUAAAGGAGCUCAGGCAAUAGGCCAGAGGGAGAAACGCUGGGUUUCUUGUGAUGCUGGUUUGCCCUUUUUCCCAUCAGAUUUUCCUGACUGCAAAGCGUAUUCAUCUUUAAAAAUGAGUGAAGCUGCAGACUUGGAGGAGAAGGCACAAAGGCGACCUCUUGCCGUGAGACCUUCCAGAAUUCCCAUUCCACCUCCAUGGAAUAGUAUCCAUGUCACGCGUCGUGUCAAACAGAGUUUAGAUCAAAAGCUUAAAAGCGGUCAGACUAGUGGAGUGGAGAUUUUCAGUAAUGGUGGUAAUCUAUUCGAUGGUAUGGUGGCAAGAACAUCAGAUUCGCUGACUACUUUUCUCCAACCUUUCACAAGUGACAACAGCUUGCUUUUAUCUCUUCACAACACUUCGAAACCAAACACAAACCUUGUGGAGACGAUUCAAGAAGAUGAAACGAAAACAAGAGCUCAGAUCCAUAAGAAGAGUGAUAAUAAAUUAUGCCUUGUCAGAGUUCUUCUGCAUGCUUUCAAGGAAGGUUCUUUCGAAGAAGGUGCCGUUGUAUGUGCACCAUCUCUUGCAGACGUAUCAUUACUAAAAUCAGGCUGCAGUGAAGGAGAAGAAGGGGGUGUUACAAUCCCUCAAUCUUCUGUAAGUUCUUACUUCCAAGAACAACCUUCUGGAACCUGGGAACUAAAUGUCCCUGAAGACACUCAUACAAACCAGUCUCAGAGAUGGCCAAUAGGGUUUGUGACGACAGGAUUUGUCCGUGGGAGUAAAAAGCCGAAGGCGGAAGCUCUGUGUGAUGCAGUGUUGUUAGGGAGACUACGAGAAGAGCAAUGGAGAGGGAAAGAUGUGAAACGGAAGAAAAAGGAGAUUAAUGUUCUGGUUAGAAACCUCAGAUCUUGUGCUUAUAGACUUGCACUUGCUACUAUUGUGUUGGAGCAACAAGACUCUUCUGAUGAUGUCCGCUGCUUUUAGAAUGCACAAUCUUUUUGAUUCAGCCACCAGUCCAGCGCUGUUGUUUUGUUUGUGUCGGAUUAAGUUUUUGUUUUAUCUUGAACAAUAUCAUUUUAAUUCUUUAUAUUUAUCAAAAGGAAGUUUAGUGGGAGUUAUUGUAGCACUGGUGUUAAUAUUGACAUGUUC